AUGACAGUGCCUUUACGCAUGGCAUGGUAUAUUCUGCGAAUCGUGUACUUCUCCGCCAGGCGCAGGUUCAACAUCAAGUACUACGUCUUCUGCGCCAUUGUGGAUGCCGUCUUCACCUCAUUCAAUGAUCGCGAAAUCCAGAUUUACUCGCAGCCUACCGUGGAUGCUUAUUACACAUGGGUCAACAGCAAACUGGGACGCACGAGGGAGCCCGCCCUUCGUCAGCGCCUCGUCCACGACAUCCAGCCUCUGGGCCAGACGGGCGGCUCGCUCCUGUGGAUAGGAAACCGCCGCAAGGCUAGCAAGAUUGUGCUGUUCCUGCACGGAGGCGGAUACAUCGCCCCUGCUCUCCGCGGCCACUACGACUGGUGCUGGAAUGCCUACGUGCUGGCCGGCAGAGAGGCCGGCGUCGAGGUCGCAGUCGGCUGUCUCCAGUACACGCUCUUGAACGAUGGCAGAUUCCCCGUCCCUUUAGUACAGGCCACCGAGGCUCUGGGGUCGAUUCUCGAUUCAGGCACCAGUCCAUCAGACAUCUACAUGGGCGGCGACUCAGCGGGAGGCAACCUGUCCAUGCAAGUCUUGAGCCACAUCCUCCACCCGCACGAAGGAAUCCGUCCGUUGCAACUUUCGGAACCUCUGGCAGGCGUCUUUCUAGUGUCGCCCUGGCUGAGCAACAAUGUAUUCAGCGAUUCGGUCAAGCGGAACGACGGCAAUGACAUGAUAUCCACGGGGGCCUUGGAUACGUUGGGCCUUGCCCUCUACGGGGAGGACCAGAUCAAGGCGCACAAGGCAGAUGUCCUUGCGGGGGACCUCUCUGCCGCCAAUCCAUACAUGACACCUCUGGACACUGAAGAGGCCUGGCUCGAUGGUAUCGGGGACGUUACUUCUAGGGUCUUCCUCACCGUUGGGAAAAAUGAAGUUCUGUACGAUCAGGGCGUCAGGCUGGUCAGCCUGCUGCGGCGCAGGAAUGCUACCUGCCAAAUUAGACUAGAUGAGUCGGAAAGGGAGGCUCACGAUUUUAUACUUGUUGAGAACAUUUUUGGGAAACCGGGCGAUGCAACGUCGAGGAUGAAGAGUUGGUUCAAGGGGACCAUCACAGCUAGCUGA